UCUAUUUAGUAUAGCUAUAUAUAUAUAUACAUACAAAAAAAGGAAAUGAAAUUCGGAAAGAUAUUAUGGUAAAAAGAAGAAUAACUAAGUUCAAAGUAGACAUUGAAAAUUUAUUAUACAGUAGAAGAAUUCACUAUGGCAAGAUUAUAUAUAAUUUAUUUGGAUUUUUUGUUGGUUUGGUUGUGUGUGAUGGUGACAUUAACGAACGGUACUGAAAAAAAAUAUUACAAAUCUCGAGAAGAGAAUCAAUGCAAGGCGGAUGGUAUAGGGUACACUGGUAUUAUUAAGAAAUUAAAGUGCAAUGCUAGAAGAGCAGGAAAGUUGUGUGAAAAUGAUAAAUUUUGUGGAAAAGACGAACGGUGUCUAUGCAACGACAAGUGUGAAGAAUUCCGAUGCAAGUUCUACACAGCUGCCUCUUUUUUAGCCACAACUCCAACAUUACAAGCUUCAACUAAUUCAAGGUUAUGUCGAUUGGGAUGUGUGAAUGGAGGCACUUGCCAGAUUCAAAAUGGUACAGAAACGUGCAAGUGCCACACUACCCACACAGGAAAUUUAUGUGAAACAAGUAGAAAGAAAGAAUUUUGUGGACAUCCGAAUCCUUGCAAAAAUGGGUAUUGUGAUCCUACAAAUGAAGUAUGUGACUGUCCAUCAAACUUCACUGGGAAAUUUUGUGAAACACCUGUUUGUACACCACCUUGUAGUAGUAAUGGAUCAAAGUGUACACUUUUAAGUAAUAAUCAAACUGGCUGUCGGUGUGAGAAAUUGGGCUUUGAUGGUCCAGAUUGUAAGAAAGACAUUAAUGAAUGCCUUCAGCAUAAAGGCAUUUGUGGUCAACAUGGUGUGUGCAACAAUACUAUUGGUGCCUACAUUUGCCUUUGUAAACCUGGGUAUCAAGGCAAGCAUUGCGAAAUAAGAAAAACUUUUUGUGCCAAAGACACAUGUUUUAAUGGUGGCACUUGUGUUGAAGAGACCUCCUCGUACAAAUGUUACUGCUUGUCACCAUAUACAGGCCGUCGGUGUAAUGAGACCAGAACGUCUUGUCCUACAAACUACUGUCUCAAUCGUGGACAGUGUGAGUUGGUGCAGGGAAAAUUUAUAUGUAACUGUCCAACUGGUUUCACUGGAAGCAAAUGUGGAGACAAAAUUGUUAAUAAAUGUUUGGAUAAUCCAUGCAAGAAUGGUGGCACUUGUGAAAACAUGGGGGACUGGUAUCAAUGCACAUGUUUGCAAAAUUGGGAAGGUCAGAACUGUACAAAUAAAAAAGAUUUUUGCAAAGGCGUCAAUUGCAAUAAUGGUACCUGCUUAAAUGCAGCAGACAACUUUCAUUGCAAUUGUUUCGGUGGUUUUACUGGACAAAGUUGUGAAAUAAACAUCAACGAGUGUAAAAACCACACAUGUGUUCAUGGCGAAUGUUUGGAUGGGGUUAAUCAAUUUAAAUGCCUUUGCGAUGAUGGAUAUGCAGGUUCAAAUUGCACAGAGCCAGUGGAUAAGUGUCCCUUCGACUGUGGCAAGACAGGUUGUCAACAGGAGUGUAACACUAAAGCCUGUAACUAUGACAACGGCGCCUGCACUCUGGGCAUGCUUAAUCCCUGGGUGAAUUGCACCAAACCAACUUGUGAAAAGACAUUUGGAAAUGGUGUAUGCGAUCCAGACUGCAAUGUUGAAGAGUGCUUUUACGACGGCCAGGAUUGUUUUUCUGAGACUAAAUGCAAGUGGGAAAGCUUUUGUAGACAACACUACAACAACAGCAAUUGCGAGAAAUCAUGCAACACUGUUGGAUGUGCCUUUGACAAUCUUGAUUGUAGCAAAAACGAAAUUGAUAAGCGAGUACCUGGCAAUUUAGUCUUUAUCGUAGCCUCUACAAAAGACAAUUUUUUAAAACGUAAGGUUGAGUUUGAAAGAGACGUUUCUAAACUUCUUCGAAGCAACGUUGUUGUUGAGAAGGUUGAGCUGGUAAAUUCCUCUCGCACAAGACGAAGUGUCGAUCAAAAGCAACCGAAGCUGCGAGUAACAACCACCAUUAAUAAUAAAAUGUGCACUGGCGGUUGUUUCUCUACAACUGCGGAUGCUGCAAGUUUCUUGGCAGCAAAGGCAUCCAAAGGACAACUGGAUCUUCCCGUUCCAGUCUUGGCUGUGAGAGGUACAAAAGGCCCUUCGGCUAAGGAUAGUAGCAAAACACAUUUGUCACCAUUGUGGAUUGGACUGAUAGUCGUGGCGGCACCCUGCCUCCUUAUAGUUACGGUUGUAGCCGGAAAAAGGACCUAUGGUGCCCUCUGGGCGCCAGAAGGCCAUAGGCAACACCGGGCCAACGGGAUGAGACGGGAACCAGGUGUAGGACAGGAAGGCGAAGAACUCACGUCUUUGAAAAAAGAAUGUGAGUCUUCGUCGUCAGAGUCCAGCAGUCCUUCGCAAGAGCGACAGUCCAAGCGAUUCAAACAUGAUUUUGUUCAAUCGCUUGGGGGUGAUUGGAUGCAACACACGCCGCUAAGAGAUGCUGCUACAGAUUCAAGUGAGGCCAGUUUACAAUCGCCUCGUGAAAUCUUGACAGUGGAAAACGGCCGUCUUGAAUCGGCCCUCCAUGUGGCUGCCCGACUUAAUAAACCAGAAAUGGCGCGACAGCUAAUUGAUGAAUAUGGUCUCGACGUAAAUGUAAAAGACAAAGACGGCAAGUCUCCGUUACAUUUAGCUGUUCAGUUUCUUUCGGAAAACAUCUUUCAACUUCUUAUUCGAAACCGAUCCUGUCAAAUCGAUAGCCAGUGCAACUACGGCAUGACCGCGUUGAUGGAAGCUUGCCGUUCGUGCGCCAACUUUAUGGUGGUAGACCUUGUGUCUACAGGCGCAAAAGUGAAUAUAGCUGACAGACAGGGUUAUACCGCAUUGCAUCAUGCUGCGAUCGUGGAUAACCCCAAGUCAGCUUCACUUUUGUUGAAGAACGGCGCAAAGGUAGAUGCACAGAGUGUUAAGGGUGCCACACCCUUGUUCCUUGCUGCAAGAGAAGGCUGUUACAAGACUGCCGUUGUUCUGCUCUCCAACUUCGCCAAUAGAAGUUGUGCGGACGCGGCGGAUGUAACACCUUUGGCCAUCGCCGACCAGAAUGGUCAUUUAGACAUCACAAAGCUCCUCUCAAACUAUAAUUCACACAGCUAUGCUUCAACGCCAUCUCCAACCAACUCGCCACCACCGUCAUUGUCUCCCAAUUAUUCAGAUAUACGACCGAAAAUUGUCACCAAGGCACCUUUGUGUAAUUUCGACCAAAAGCAAAGUAACAAGCGCAAAAAGAAACCUAGUUCGAGAAAGGAAAGAAGAGGUACAAGUGGGCCGGACGGAGGCCAUCCAGGUUUUACUUAUCCGAUGAGCACCCAGUCCUAUCCAACACCACCUCACCGAACUUCGGUAGAACAGCCAUCGUUGCCUGAGUUAAAAAACGUGUUUGAAGAUAUUUACUCCAUUGAGGACUGUAUGCAAAAUAUGCCGUCAAAUAAUUGGCAGCCUAUGCCAAAUUCCAUCUCAAACUGCAUGGGAAACUCGUUUGUUCCAACAACUAUAAACUAUGAAGUGAACUUUCCUGGAGAGGACCCAUCUCAAAUGUUUACUACUGAACUCUCUCACCCAUUAAAUCUGAACGACGUGUUGGAUCAUCCAUUUCCGACGCCGCCGUCAGUUAAUGAGGUGGACUCUCCAUAUAGUGAGUUAGCAAUUAACGGACCAUCUCCAUUUUUGACCCCCUCUCCUGAUUCAUAUGCGACCACGUCGCCUGAAUCGGGAGGCUCUAUUUGUUAGUUGUUACUUUAAAUUUUUAAUUAGUAUUUCAUUUAUCCACUUUUUAAAAAGAACAAAAACGAUAACUCGGUAUGGAAAUAUUUCUUUCAACAUUUAAUGCAAUGUAACUAAAGUUUUGAUAAACCAAGCCGUUCCAUAAAAACAGAGGUUUCGUUUCGGGGCUGUUCACGGAAUUGAAGAACUUAUAAGUCGAACGCGUUUUUCACUUAACCGUGGUGUGACGUGUUAGCAAUGUUUUUUUCGAUGCAAGGUCGCGCAGCCAUGUUUAAUAACGUUGUUGGCAUAUUUAAAUUUUUAUAUUAACUUCUAAAUUCAUGAUUAUAAGAUGUAAAUAAUUUUUAUGACCAAUGAUUCUUUGAAAGUCAAAUAGAUUGGAAUUCUGAAUCUAUCCUAAUGGCCUUUGUGUGGGAGCGCUGCUCUCCUGCGUCAAAUGGCGACUCGUUUAAAAAAACAAGUAUUUCAACAAAACAUACUCCUCCGCAGGUGAUUUGAGGCCACUCAUUUCACUGUCGUCAAGGACUAACAAAAUUUAGCAGGGUUUUAAUGCAAAUAGUUAUAUGAUAAUUCCUAAUAUAAUUAUAGCUUUAUAUAUAUUAUACUUAUUUUUAUUGUCGUGUAAACGUACUUCAUUCUAUUGCAGAUUCAGUUAUUGUUGUUUUGCUCUAUUAGUUUUUCUAAUUACAUAUCUGAUGUUUAUAUGUGCUGUUCAUUGUGUUGCGCAUUUCUCUUAAAUUUAUAUUAAUUUUUUUUUGAUAUUAAUAUUUCCAAUUUUCUGUACCGGAAUGCAUCGCUUAGGCGCAUGUGCGUUUAAUUAAUUGGUACAAUUUAUUUUGGACGUGUGUUGAAGAAAGCGCUCAAUCAAUGCAUAGCGGUACAACUUUUUUUUUUAAUUUAUAAAGGAGGAGUCUUAUCCAUUUGUUCUCUUCUUCGCGGAUUUAUUCAUCUGUAAAGUGUACGUAGUUGUUUUUUUUGUCGGAUUUUUUUGUCUUUACGAAGUUUCUGAAACUAUUUUUAUUGAUACCUAACUUUUUGUAUAAAAAUGUUUAUAAGUCAGCAAUAAAUUUGCUAUAAAACACAUGGUU